CAGCAGUGGCCAAUACGCAGCCAGGCGGUGGAGCAGCGGAUCGGAUCGACCAGCUCUGCAGCGCUCUGGUUGCUCUGUAGCGUCCAAAGUUUUAGCGGGUGAGGGGCCAACCAGCCAGCCAGACAUGUUGCACGUUUGCAGCACCCCCGCCUCUCGUGGUGCUCAGUAAACGAUAAAUAGCCUCUUGGCCCCAGGAAGGUGUUUUCUACCUUUUUGUCCUUUCCAACCAACCUCUACUCUUUCAUCACAUACCAUCUUCCGUCUUUUAAAGACUCAAUCCGCUACAAUGGGCAAGAUCGCUGUCGUCUACUACUCUACCUACGGCCACAUCAAGGCCCUCGCCCUCGCCGAGAAGGCUGGUGCUGAGAAGGCCGGUGCCACCGUCGACAUCUACCAGAUCCCCGAGACCCUCUCUGAGGAAGUCCUCGGCAAGAUGCACGCUCCCCCCAAGGACGCUGCUAUCCCCGUCCUUGACGACCCCUCCAAGCUCCUCGAAUACGACGGUGUCCUCUUCGGCAUCCCCACCCGUUACGGCAACAUGCCCGCCCAGUGGAAGGCCUUCUGGGACCAGACCGGCGGUAUCUGGUCUACUGGUGGCUUCUACGGCAAGAAGGCUGGUCUCUUCAUCUCCACCGGUACGCUCGGUGGUGGCCAGGAGUCCACUGCUCUUGCCACCAUGUCCACCUUUGCCCAUCACGGCUUCCACUACAUCCCUCUCGGCUACGCCAAGUCCUUUGGCCAGCUUGCCAACCUCUCUGAGGUCCACGGUGGUUCUCCCUGGGGUGCUGGCACUUUCGCUGGUGCUGACGGCUCCCGCCAGCCCUCUGCUCUUGAGCUUGAGAUUGCCGGUAUCCAGGGCGAGACCUUUGCUGGCUUUGUUGGCAAAUGACUCCCUGACACUGCUGUUGAGCCUGCUUCUUGUGCCGCCAAUGGCACUACUACCACUACUGCUGAUGCUAAAGAUAGCCAACCUGCGGCUCAGCAGGAGGGAGAUGCUGUGCAAACCAAGAAGAAGGAAAAGAAAGAGGGCCCAUGCGGUCUACCUUUCCAAUGUACAGUCAUUUAAAUGACACCUAACGAUGAAUUAAAUAAUGAGAUAAAAAUGUGAAACUAUCAAUAUUGUACAUACAUACACUACUUUAUUGUGAAAAGCUUUGAUACGCUCGGAAACAAUCCAUGCUGAACUAAACUCUGGUCAAAGGCGCCGUGUCUCUUUGAUGUAGUCCCAAAAGAACAAAUACGCCCACUGCUCAAGAAACAGAAUGCAACUUUAACUAAACAAAACGCAAAGACGGGUCAUUACUUCUUGAACAAAUUCGACUCAGAUCCAAAGAAUGGAUUCGGUUGGAACCUGUGGUGCUCCAAGCCUGACUGUAGCUCACCAUCAUAGAGUGGCUGUCGCUCGUCCUCCAACGGCGGCGCCACCUUCAUGUCACCCCUGUAGAUCUCGAUCGCUGAGACCAAGGGCAUAAUCAGCAGCAGCAUGGACAAAGACUGGCCAAAGCUCCAAGACUUCUCGCCCUCGUCCGACAGCUUGACGUUGGUGUUACCGCCAAAGGCCUGCGCCACAUAGAUAACACGAAUGGCGACACCAAUAGCGCUGGCAGCCAUGAGCAAAAGACCAAUAAUCUGAAUGGCCUUGAAGAAGCGUUGAUUCCUGCUGUGCAAGUACCAUGUCGCAAGGGCGAAGAUGAUGCCGUUGGCCGCCAUGACCGCAAUAGUGCCGACAAACGAGACCCCCGUGUCACCACUGGUGCCUUUUACUUCGCCGUUCCAGACACAGGCAACAGGCAGGGUUGAGUGGACGAGGCCUUUGGAAACAACCCGUAACACGAAGAUACCUGAAACUGAUGACAACGCCAGGUUGACAAACAUGAGAAACUGGCGCAGCCACCGCAGAACCCAAUCACGGCGGUAGUCGUGCACGAGGGCGAGCAGCGUGGCGUUGUGUGUGGCCAUGGAUAGUAACGAGAGCAUCCAGAUAAGGAAGAAGUGAUACGGAAUGAGCGAGCUCAUAUUAGCGAGUCCGACACUCUGAAUUCCGAUUCCCUGCAUGAUUUGUGAAUCGCUGUAUCCAUUCAGGACUUUUCGGCGAAUGGUCGACGGCUUGCCACGGACUUCGGCCCAGAUGACACUUGUAGAGAUGAGGAGAGCGAGGACGGCGGUGAUCAUAAAGGACAAUAGAAUCUAAAAGAGGUGAACAAGUAUUGGUUAGCUAAUGGACGCGUGGUGUAUUCUAUUGCGGCCGAGUUCAAACAUACUCCUGUGCCCGCAAUACCAGCGUCGCUGGGAGCGCUGUCUGGCGCAUUGCUGCAGUUGGCGUCAAAGAGACCCAUGGCGUCAAGCUAUGGAAGGUGAUGAGAAUGUAUUUGGGUUUCGCGUUUAGCGCAUUUGAUCGCGCAAUAUCGUACGAUUCAAAUAAAUAAGAAGAAAUUUGGAAUCUCAGAACAGAGUUGCCAGGAACUGUCCCCUUCUACGAGCGCGCUCCUCGCUGUCAGCGGUUGCCGCUGCUCGGAAACCAAAAAGCGACCAAAAACAGGGAACUGGGCUGCUUGGCUUGUCCAGGGACCAGCGCUGUUAGCCAAUGGCGGAUACCUGCCCUUAACCUAGCGGCCGCUGCUAUUUCCGUCGCCCCAAUCACCAGCUUUCAGGCGGGCACAGAGCCGCUGAGGCGUUCUGCUGCCGCUGGCAAAAAAUCGACUGGCUGUCAGGAACCCGUCCGUUGGCCUGGCCCGCGACCCAAUUCGGCAACGCCUGGAAUGGUGCGAUGUCUCCC